AUGGCAAGUUUUCCAGUUAUUAACAUGGAGAAGCUCAAUGGAGAAGAAAGGGCUGCAACAAUGGAGAAGAUCCAAGAUGCUUGUGAAAACUGGGGUUUCUUUGAGCUGGUGAAUCAUGGAAUUUCUCCCGAGUUCAUGGACACUGUGGAGAGACUGACAAAGGAACACUACAAGAAAUGCAUGGAACAAAGAUUCAAGGAAAUGGUGGCGAGUAAGGGACUUGAAGCUGUUCAGUCUGAAAUCAAUGAUUUAGACUGGGAAAGUACCUUUUUCCUCCGCCAUCUUCCGGUUUCAAACAUAGCAGAAGUCCCUGAUCUUGAAGAUGAAUACAGGAAGACUAUGAAGGAUUUUGCAGCACAACUGGAGAAAUUGGCUGAGCAUCUUCUUGAUUUGCUUUGUGAAAAUCUUGGACUAGAGCAAGGGUACCUGAAAAAGGUAUUCUAUGGCUCUAAAGGCCCUACCUUUGGAACCAAGGUCAGCAACUACCCCCCAUGCCCCCAGCCGGAUCUUAUCAAAGGACUCCGAGAACACACCGAUGCCGGUGGCAUCAUCCUACUCUUUCAAGAUGACAAGGUCAGUGGCCUCCAGCUUCUUAAAGACGGUGAAUGGGUCGAUGUGCCACCUAUGCGCCACUCCAUUGUCAUCAACAUUGGGGACCAACUUGAGGUGAUUACCAAUGGAAAGUACAAGAGUGUUCUGCACCGAGUGAUUGCGCAAACAGAUGGGAAUAGGAUGUCUCUUGCAUCAUUCUACAAUCCUGGAAGUGAUGCUGUGAUCUAUCCCGCACCUGAAUUGGUAAAGAAAGAAGAGAAUAAAGGCUUGUAUCCAAAAUUCGUGUUUGAGGACUACAUGAAGCUCUAUGCUGGUCUCAAAUUCCAAGCCAAAGAGCCAAGAUUUGAAGCCAUGAAGGACAUGGAAAACCCAAAUUUGGGUCCAAUUGCUACUGUUUAA